CCAAACGGUUCAAAAACCAAAACCAUUUUUACUGUAACUUCUCUCCUACCACUCCCCUCUCUCUGCAGUCUCUAAACAAAAACAACCAAAGCAAUUCACGCACAGAGAGAGUACAGUAAAGGCAGAGGCAGAGGCAGAGGCAGAGGCAGAGGCAGAGAGAGAGAUAGAGACAGAGACGCCCAUUUUUAAUGUUUUAAAGCUCUCUUUUAUCCAGGUCCUUUACUGUGCAAAACCCAUUUGGCCUUCUUUGCAUUUUAAAGGGUUUAAAUUUUAGGGUUUUGGGUCACAAUUUUGAAGUCAAAAGUAGAGCAAGGGAGACAAGUUUUUCAGAAGCGAGAAGUGAAGUAGAGGCGAAAAUUUAGAAUUUCUCAGCAUAGGUUGAGGCAACUGUUAAUGAAAUAUGGAUGAAAUUCCUCAAUCAAGCAUUUUUGAAGGGGAGAUAACAGGAAUCAGAUUUGGUUUGGCAUCUCAGAAGGAAAUCUGUACAGCAUCAAUCAGUGAUUGCCCUAUUAGCCAUUCCAUUCAGCUGACUAAUCCCUUCCUUGGCUUGCCGCUUGAAUUUGGAAAAUGUGAAUCUUGUGGCACUUCUGAACCAGGACAAUGUGAAGGUCAUUUUGGAUACAUCGACUUGCCAGUUCCGAUAUAUCAUCCUAGCCACAUUAGUGAAUUGAAGCGAAUGUUGAGCUUGUUAUGUUUGAAGUGCUUAAAAUUAAAGAGGAACAAGAUUCAAAUCAAGAGCAACGGUGUUGCUGAACGGUUGCUUUCAUGCUGCGAGGAGUGUGCGCAAAUUUCUAUUAGAGAGGUUAAGAAUACAGAUGGUGCUUGUUUCUUAGAACUAAAGCUGCCUUCUAGGUCCAGACUACGGGAUGGUUAUUGGAAUUUCCUAGAAAGAUAUGGUUUUCGCUAUGGUGAUAACUUUACACGACCAUUGCUCGCCUGUGAGGUUAUGCAAAUCCUGAAGAGAAUUCCUGCUGAGACUAGAAAAAAGCUAGGUGGAAAAGGUUAUUUCCCUCAAGAUGGUUAUAUCCUACAGCAGCUACCUGUCCCUCCAAACUGUCUCUCUGUUCCUGCUGUUUCAGAUGGCAUUAGCAUCAUGUCUUCAGAUCUCUCUAUAUCCAUACUCAAGAAAGUUCUGAAGCAAGUUGAAGUCAUCAAAAGCUCACGGUCAGGGGCACCAAAUUUUGAUGCACAUAAAGGCGAAGCAAAUUCAUUGCAAUCAAUGGUUGACCGGUAUCUUCAAGUCAGGGGUACUACAAAGACAUCCCGUGAUGUAGAUGUCCGUUAUGGGGUAAAAGAGGAUUCCAGUGAAUCCUCAACCAAAGCCUGGCUUGAGAAGAUGAGGACCCUGUUCAUAAGAAAAGGUUCUGGAUUCUCUUCCCGCAGUGUCAUAACUGGAGAUGCGUACACAAAAGUGAACCAAGUUGGUAUUCCCUAUGAGAUUGCUCAAAGAAUUACGUUUGAGGAGAGGGUCAGUGUGCACAACAUGAGGUAUCUACAAGAGCUUGUGGAUAACAAAUUGUGCCUGACAUACAGGGAUGGUUCUUCCACCUAUUCUCUUAGGGAAGGCUCAAAGGGGCAUACAUUUCUACGACCUGGGCAAGUUGUACAUAGGCGGAUUAUAGAUGGCGAUGUUGUUUUCAUUAAUAGACCGCCGACAACACACAAACAUUCUUUACAAGCGUUGUCAGUGUAUGUUCAUGAUGAUCAUACGGUGAAGAUUAAUCCUCUGAUAUGUGGGCCCUUAAGUGCUGAUUUUGAUGGCGAUUGCGUUCACCUUUUCUACCCCCAGUCCCUUGCUGCAAAAGCUGAAGUCUUGGAGCUUUUCUCAGUGGAGAAACAAUUGCUUAGCUCUCAUAGUGGCAAUCUGAAUUUACAGCUGACAACAGACUCACUUCUGUCAUUAAAGAUGAUUUUCAAGGCCUGCUUUUUGGACAAAUCAGCUGCACAGCAACUGGCAAUGUUUGUCUCACCUGAUUUGCCACAACCAGCUUUGUUGAAGGUCAAUUGUAUUCGCCAAUACUGGACUGCCCAUCAGAUUCUCCAAAUGGCUUUACCAACUUGCUUCAACUGCAGUGGAGAAAGAUUCUUGAUCAACAAUAGUAAUGUCUUGAAGGUUGAUUUCAACAGGGAUGUUGUGGCAUCCAUGAUUAAUGAGAUUCUGAUCUCAAUUUUCUUCAAGAAGGGUUCCGGAGCAGUGCUUAAGUUCUUCAACGCCUUGCAGCCCUUGCUAAUGGAAACGUUCUCUGAAGGCUUUAGUGUUAGUUUGAAAGAUUUCUCCAUCUCCCAGGCAGUCAAACAAAGUAUCCAAGAAAGUUUCAAGGUGAUUUCUCCUUUGCUUUGUAACUUAAGAUCCACCUACAAUGAGCUGGUUGAGUUGCAAGUAGAGAAUCACAUCCAGGAUGUGAAAAAGCCAGUUCGAGAAUUUAUUAUAAAUUCCUCUGCCUUGGGUUAUUUGAUUGACUCUAAGAGUGACGGGGCUGUUGCUAAGCUUGUUCAGCAAAUUGGCUUCUUGGGCUUGCAAGUUUCUGAUAGGGGAAAACUUUAUUCUAAGACCCUGGUUGAAGACUUGGCCUCCCAUUUUCAGAGCAAGUAUCCUACCAAUUUGCUUAAUUAUCCUUCUGCUCAGUAUGGCUUGAUUCAAAGCAGUUUUUUUCAUGGGUUGGAUGCGUAUGAGGAGAUGGCUCAUUCCAUUUCUACUAGAGAAGUCAUUGUGCGUUCAUCAAGAGGGUUGUCUGAGCCAGGAACGUUGUUCAAAAACUUAAUGGCCAUCCUCUGAGAUGUGGUAAUUUGUUAUGAUGGCACUGUAAGAAAUGUCUGCAGCAAUUCAAUCAUCCAAUUUGAGUAUGGUGUGAAGGUGGGAGCUGAGUCCCAAAGUUUAUUCCCUGCUGGUGAACCUGUUGGCGUGUUAGCUGCCACUGCAAUGUCCAAUCCUGCAUACAAAGCUGUUCUUGAUUCUACUCCAAGUAGCAAUUCCUCGUGGGAUAUGAUGAAGGAAAUACUUCUUUGCAAAGUUGGUUUCAAGAAUGACCAAGCUGAUCGCAGGGUAAUUUUAUACUUUAAUAAUUGUGGAUGUGGAAGAGAGCAUUGCCAAGAAAAAGCAGCAUUUUUGGUCAAGAAUCACUUGGAAAAAGUCAGUCUUAAAGACGUUGCCAAGUGUUUUAUGAUUGAAUACAAGAAUCAACAAAUACCAGAAAGUUUUGGAAGUGAUGCCGGCCUUGUUGGUCAUGUUCAUCUUGAGAAGAGGAUUUUGCAAGAGUUGAACAUUAGUGCUCAGGUGAUUCUUGAGAAGUGCCAAGAGACUGUCAACUCAUUUCGAAAGAAGAAAAAAGUUGGUAAUCUUUUUAAGAAGACAACGUUGUCUAUCAGUGAAUGUUGCUCUUUUGAGCAAUGCACUGAUGAAUUGCUGUGCCUGAUGUUCUUCUGGCCAGAUGCAAAUGAUGUUCAUUUGGAGAGGACUUCAAACAUUCUUGCUGAUAUGAUUUGCCCAGUUCUGCUGGAAACAACCAUCAAAGGUGACCAUCGAAUUUCCUGUGCAAAUAUAAUUUGGGCAAGUCAGGAGACAACAACUUGGAUAAGAAACCCUUCCAGGACUCAAAAGGGGGAGUUGGCUUUAGAUAUUGUUCUGGAGAAAUCUGUUGUCAAGCAAAGUGGUGAUGCUUGGAGAAUAGUCUUGGACUCAUGUCUUCCUGUCCUUCAUUUAAUUGACACCACACGUUCAAUUCCUUAUGCGAUUAAACAAGUUCAGGAAUUGUUGGGAGUUUCUUGUGCAUUUGACCAAGCAGUUCAGCGCCUCUCAAAAUCGGUAACCAUGGUGACAAAAGGUGUUCAAAAAGAGCUUCUCAUUCUACUUGGGAACAGUAUGACAUGUGCUGGAAGCUUGAUCGGCUUCUAUACUGGGGGUUAUAAAACAUUAUCUCGAUCAUUGGAUAUCGAAGUGCCAUUUACCGAGGCCACUCUCUUUACACCGAGGAAAUGUUUUGAGAAGGCUGCAGAGAAGUGCCACACUGAUUAUUUAUCAAGCAUAGUUGCUUCUUGCUCAUGGGGCAAACAUGUUACUGUUGGAACAGGUUCACGCUUUGAUGUCCUCUGGGACACAAAAGAGGCAUGUUUGAAUCUAGAGGGUGGCAUAGAUUCAUACAGUUUUCUAAAUAUUGUGAGAAGUACUGCUGGUGGAGAAGAGUCAGUUACUGCUUGUUUGGGUGCCGAAGUUGAUGAUCUUAUUCUGGAAGAUGAAGACUGGAACCUGUCUCCUGAGCAUCACUCUAGUUCUGAUAAGCCUACCUUUGAAGACAGUGCUGAAUUUCAAGACUUCUUAGGCAAUCAACCUGCCGAGUCAAACUGGGGAAAGGCUUCAUCUUUAAAGGAUGGGUCUUGGAGCGCUGAAAAUUGGGAUGUUGAUAAAAAUGACUCUGCAGGUAAGGAAAAACCUUGGAGUUUGGGAAUGAGUUCAGCUGAGACAAAUGAUGUUGGCUGGGACACUGCAGCUACCAGGAAGAUAAAUUCCUCGUGGAAUUCAGAGAAUGACGUAACUCAGUCCAAUUCCCUGUCUGGUUGGGCAACAAAAAAAUCUGAAACCCAUAAUGGCUUCGCAACUAAAGUCCAGGAAAAACCUGCAAGGUCCAAUGAUUGGGAUGUUGGUACUGCCUGGGGGAGAAAGGCUGGAGAUAACAAAUUUGCAAAUGUAACUAAGUCUUGGUGGGGGAAGGUAACAGAUGGUGAUGAAUCUGAACAAAAUAAAAACAAGCAACAUCAGGAUGACCAAGAAUUAGGGACACAUGGUUGGGAUGAUAUGAUUUCACCAGACCAGUUAAUAUCUGGUUGGGCUUCUACAACUACCCAAGAGGCUACAACUGAAUCCUGCAGUUCGAAGGCUGCAUCUGUUUGGGGGACAAAGAAUACCAACGUUGAUGAACAGGGAAGUGAGAAUCAUGUUCUUCUGAACCAAGCUAAAGAGUCAUCUGAUUGGAAUAAAAAAAGCAAUUCAAAUCAGACAGACGCAGUAUGUGGUUCAAAGGCUGCAUCCUCUUGGGGGGCAAAAAAUACAGAUGCUGAUAAACGUUGGGUUAGCAAGGUGGAUUUGAAUCAGGCAGACACAUCCUGUAGUUGGGGGAGAUCCAAGACACCGGAUCGUGGAUGGGGGUUGUCAAAUUCUGGAGGUAGCAAUGGAAGUGAAAUGGAGAACAAGACAGAAAAUCAAUCUCUGUUGGACAGAGGGAAAGAGUCAGGUGGUUGGGGGACAAAAAAUACAGAUGCUGAUAAACCUUGGAGUAACAAGGUGAAUUCGAAUCAAGCAGACACAGCCUCUGGUUGGGGGAAAUCCAAGUCACUGGAUCGCGGAUGGGGAGUGUCAAAUUCUGGAGGUGGCAAUGGAAAUGAAAUGAAUAACAAGACAGAAAAUCAAUUUCAGUUGGAAGGAGGAAAAGAGUCAGGAGGUUGGGGGGCAAAAAAUACAGAUGCUGAUAAACCUUGGGGUAACAAGGUGAAUUUGAAUCAGGCAGACACAGCCUCUUGUUGGGGGAAACCCAAGUCACCGGAUCUUGGAUGGGGGGUGUCAAAUUCUGGAGGUGGCAAUGGAAGUGAAAUGGAAGACAAGACAGAAAAUCAAUCUCUGCUGGACCGAGGGAAAGAGUCAGGUGGUUGGGGGAAGCCCAAGUCACUUGAAAUUUCACAAGGCUGGGGUUCGUCCAAAGACUCAGUUAAGGCAGUUGAUGGAUGGGGGGUGCCAAAUUCUGCAGGUAGCAAUGGAAGUGAAAGGGAUCAGCAAUGGGGUCAGCAGAGUGGAGAAUUCAAGAAAAACCGCACAGAAGGUUCUCGAGGUUGGGGAUCAAAUAAUGGAGAUUGGAAGAAAAGGAACCGCCCUUCUAAACCCCAUGAGGAUUCUAGUUCAAGUGGGCUAUUUACCACGACUAGGCAGCGGUUAGACAUAUUCACUUCUCAAGAGCAGGAUAUUCUCUCUGAUGUUGAGCCAUUAAUGCUUUCUAUUAGAAGAAUAAUGCAUCAAACAGGGUACAGUGAUGGGGAUCCAUUAUCUGCUGAUGAUCAGUCCUAUGUGCUUGAUAAUGUCUUCAAUUAUCAUCCAGACAAAGCAGUGAAGAUGGGUGCUGGAAUUAAUCAUGUCACUGUUAGCAGGCACAGCAAUUUCCAGGAGAGCAGGUGCUUCUACAUUGUCUCAACUGAUGACUGCAAACAAGAUUUUUCCUACCGCAAAUGUCUGGAGAACUUCGUCAGGGGAAAAUAUCCUGACUUGGCAGAUGAAUUCAUCGGAAAGUAUUUUGCAAGAAGAGGCAAUCGGCAGCGCACCCCUGCUCCAGAGGGAACCGAGGAGAAACAGGCCACGUGUUGUCUGAGUACGAGGGUUGUAUAAACAUUUUCAAUUGAUUUGUAUAUAUAAAGGUCUUUAUGGUAUAUUUUUCUUGAUGUUAAUUGUAGUUAAAGGCAUGCUUUCAUAUGAACUGACCCUUUUUUCCCUUACAGGUGCAGUUCUUGUAAAUGAGGUAGUGAUCUAAAUAGCAAGCCUUGUCAUUAACAUCGCAUGUGAAUAUCAAUGUAUAGAAAUAUCCUUUUCCCCAA